AUGUUGUCUUACGAUGAUUUGGAGGCUACUGAACGGGCAGCUCUAACUCAUCACUCGAGUAUCUCGCAUGCCACGGAUACGGUGGAUGACAGCGCAGAUGAGUACCAGCCGGACGACUAUGAGGAAGAGCACGACCAUGAGGAUGCAAUGAUGAUAGAUGCACCGGAAAGCACACACAUUGGCGCUCCUCACACCAUAGCUCACAUGGACAGAGAGGCAAAACAGUAUCGCUCCGACGAACAGGUCGGCUUCAUCAUUCUGACACGCGACAACAACAAGCCAGAUGCCUACGGUACAGUGUCAGAAACACAUGGGCCCCUUCCAUGGCCAGGUGUCGCCAAAGCAUACAACGAGAAGUACAAGCUCUGCGUCGGCCCAGCGGCGAUGGAAAAGCGUGCACGGCAACACCGAGGCGCUUGGAUGUUUAUACGAAGAAGGGCCAAGACAUCGCAAGGUCGGCGUGUAGACGGUCUGGUCGUCAAGCCCGGUGAAUCACAGACACCUGCCGAACCGUUCGAAGGUCACAUCUUCAACCACCGUGUUGGUGACUAUAUGCUCGACUCGGACGACGAAGAAGACUGCAAGAUGAAUGUCGGCGGUUGGGUACCACCAGACAUCGUUCGCAAUCAGGUGGCAGACCUCAGUAGCUACCUAGAUCAACUGAGGUCAGCACAAAUCGGAAAUUUUGUGAUAGAGGUUUUUGAUGCGCAGAACGUAUCGCUGGGGACUAUUGUUGCUGACCGUGAAGACCUUGUAAGUUCCCCGUUGUUACAACGAUUAAUGAACGGUAAUGGUAGGACACAAGUGCAGCUUCAUUGCUGUGCCACCACAGUCGUUCAAUCGUACGUACGCUGUACCUCAUCCAAAGGGCUGGUUGAGCUGCCAGCACAUCUUCUUCGCGAUAGUAGCUUGCUCAUGAACUUGUACUGCUUCGCCACGCAGCUCGAAGAUGACUCGGUUCGUGAGCUGAUAUUAGCUCUAUGGCACCGUUUCGCCGAGUCGAAUACAGAAGUCAGUCUAGGUCUCGAAGACCUUAACCUGCUUUUUGAAUGUACCUGCAGUGGGGAUCCAGCGCGAGAGUUCUGA